GCUUUUGCACUUGCCUGAGCCCUGUUUUCGUAAGGCUCUGAAGAGGUCGUGAAAGAUAAGCAGGCGUGGGUGGGGACACGGCAGCGUUUUGCCCCGAGUUAUCUGCCUGCUGGCAGGAUUCUGUGCUCAGUGUUAAGGCAUUCUGACUUUUCAUCCUUCUGGAGGCCAGGGUGAGCCGCAUAGGACCCACAGAGGUAUCUAGAUAAGAACUGCAGAUCUUUCAUCAUGAGUGUGGAUUGGAUUGGUGUUGCUUAUGGUGCAGUUGUGGGUCUUGGAGGUGCCAUAGGAUAUAUUCGCAAAGGUAGCAAAAUCUCCUUGGUUGCCGGCCUCGUCUUUGGCAUAAUUGCAAUCUAUGGAGCAUACUGUGUAACACAUAACCCCAAAGAUAUAAAGAUAUCAUUAUUCACAGCUUUUAUUCUGACCACUGUAAUGGGAGUGAGGUUUAAGAGGACCAAGAAAUUAAUGCCAGCUGGAAUCUUAGCAGGUCUAAGCCUUCUGAUGAUUUUGAGACUUGUGCUUUUGCUGGUAUGAGACCAAAGCAGGAAGAAUCAGUAUUCAUAUCAUUCCACAUGAACAAAUUUUGUACUUCGCUUGUCUCUGCAGAAAUAUCCAGCACUUUCUUUUUGUUACUGAUUAAACAGAAAUGUUGUUA